AUGAGUGUGGAUAAGGAUGAGAAGCCUCGUCUUGAGUCUCACGACGACACUAUUGGCGUUGGCGAGGUGAUCAAUGCAUCUGGCCACAAGCAAGAGCUAGAGCGACAGUUCAGUCUUCUGUCCAUCUGCUCCAUCGGUAUCACUACCGGCAACGUUUGGGCUGCUCUUGGAGGCUCUAUCGUCAUUGCUCUCUACAAUGGCGGGCCUCCGGGUGUCAUCUACGCUUUCAUUGCCAUCUCAUGUUUCUACUUUAUGAUUGCAGCAUGCAUCGCCGAGAUGGCUUCCGCGAUUCCUUCGUCGGCCGGUGUGUACCAUUGGGCAAGCAUCACUGGAGGCAAGACCUACGGCCGUGUCCUUGGGUACUUUGCUGGAUGGUGGAACUUCUUUGGAUGGCUGUUCGGUACUGCAUCCAUGACUUCCAUUCUCGCAAAUCAGGUCAUCAGUAUGUGGGGUCUAUUCCACCCAGAGUACGCCUUUGAACGCUGGCACGUCUUUAUUGUGUACCUCAUCUACACAUGGGUAUCUGCCCUCAUCGUCAUGUACGCCAACCGCGCUCUGCCGACCCUUACUAAUGUGGGCCUCUUCCUUAUCCUUGCUGGCUGCUUUAUUACCAUCCUAGUCUGCGCGAUCAUGCCUUCAACGACUGGCAAGGGCUACGCAUCCCAUUCCUUCGUCUGGAAAGAGUGGCAAAAUCAAACUGGUUGGACUAGCGAUGGUUUCGUCUUCUGCGCAGGCAUGCUCAACGGCGCCUACGCUGUCGGUACACCCGACUGCGUCUCGCACCUCGCCGAAGAAGUCCCCAAGCCGCGCGUCAACAUCCCGAAAGCCAUCCUCGCGCAAUAUGUUGUCGGCUUCCUGACCGCUUUCUUCUACGUAAUCACCAUCUUCUACUCCGUCAACGACCUCGACUCCCUUUUCAGCAACCCCUGGCCCUUCCCCCUCGCCGAACUCUACCGCCAGAGCACAAACUCCUUCGCCGGCUCCCUUGGCCUGCUCAUCGUCAUCCACCUCCCCACCUUCUGCACAAGCGUUGGCACCUACAUAACCUCCGGGCGCAUGCUGUGGACGCUGGGCCGCGACAACGCGACGCCGUUCAGUGGCUGGAUCGGCUCUGUGCACGCCCAGCAGCAGAACCCUCUCAACGCAACGCUCGCGUGCGCAGUCAUGAACAGCGUGCUCGGCGCCAUCUACGUGGGUAACAGCACCGCGUUCGCCGCCUUUGUGGGGUCCUUCAUCGUCAUGAGCAGCUGCUCGUAUCUCGCGUUUAUCCUGCCCAACAUCGUGUCCCGCCGCGCGCACGUCAUCAAGGGCCCGUUCACCAUGCCCGCGCCCGUCUUCUACCCGGUCGCGAGUGUCGCGUGCGCGUACAUGCUCGUGUGGAUCGUCAUCUACUGCUUCCCCUACGCGGUGCCGUUUGACGCCACGACGAUGAACUACUCGUGCGUUAUCGUUGGCGGCCUGACUAUCUUCCAGGGCGCGUGGUAUGUGGUCAUCAGGAAGAGAGGGUAUGCGGGUCCGAGAGGCAUGCUUGAGGAACUUGAGCGCAGGUUGGCGGGUGGCGAGGCGGUUAUUGCGGGGAAUGGGAGCAUUAUGUCUGUCGAGGGGAGGGCGUUGAACGAGGUGCUAUAG